AUGGUCUGCAAGCUCGGAAUACUCAACAGAGUUGGUUUGCAGAAGUUACCGGAAAUUUUCCGUGACUAUCGUACGUGGCAAGAUUGGAAUUCUACAUUGACAUAUGACGAGAAAAAGCAUUUGGCAGCGUUUACCCCCGAGAUAUUGAAGGGACGCGAAAUCCAGUGCGAGACAUGGAACUACACCACAGGCGAUCUACAAAAACGAGCCACAAAUGACAAAGUCAAUUUGUUUAAAAUUUUGUGUGACAAAAGCUUGGGGGCUCAAGAGAAAGCGGGAGCCUAUAGGGAGUUGCUGCGUCAGUAUGGAAUGGCCCUGGAAGUGUCGGAAGUAGUCGACGGGAAGAGAGUGUGGACACCUGUUGAAGGAAGAGUCAGAGCUGUCGGUGUUUGGGACACAGUUGGGAGCCUUGGUAUGCCUAGAAUGCCGUUUUUUCACUAUCAAAGCAGCCGAAGUGACGACGAGGCUCGGUUUGCCGAUUGUUACGUCGAUCCUAAUAUUGACUAUGCCUUUCAUGCCUUGGCUUUGGAUGAAUGGCGAACGUCCUUCGGUCCGACGUUAUGGUUUCUGGGGGAGGACAACAACAACACCCAGCUAAGACAGGUCUGGUUUCCUGGGAACCAUGGUAAUGUUGGAGGGGGUUGGCCAGACCAACAGAUUGCGACUAUUUCUCUUGCUUGGAUGGCGGACCAACUGACUUCCCUUGGAGUAGAGUUUAGCCGCCCAGAAAUGAAUCGCCUCUUCAAAUGGGUAAACCCAGGCGUCGAAGUGCGGGAAUGGGGCAUGGGUAAAAUAUACAACCCAAAGGGACUGACUACCUGGCCAGACUACCUCUGCAUGCCAUGCAGAACUAUACCCCCGCGGAAACCAGGAAUGUACACGCCAGAUGAGAAUACUAGAAAAAAUCACCACAGAUCAAUGGAAUUUGUCCACCCUUGUGUGAGAUUCCGGUAUCAGUACAAUGGGAAGGGCCUUGACGACGAUGGACAGUGGUCAUGCCGUGCCUUAACAGAGAACGGCUACAUAUCAAAAAAACAGAAUGUUCUGAUUCAGAAAAGGCCAAGCCAGGAGAGCUGCGCAACCACACCAUUUCGAUCGUUAUUAGGGAACAUAAUUCCGUACUACGAGGGCUCAAACAACCCCGACGCCGAUUUACCGUCGCCACGGGUUAGGACGCACCAUCCCUAUAAUGAUGAGCUCAUGGUCAUCAGGGAAGCCAAUACGCGAUUGGCUUGGCAGACCAAAGAAAACCAAUAUGAGCUCCUAGAGGAAUACGUGGGACUCUGGGAGCGGAUGUUCAUGAAGAUCAAUGAAGAUUUGCUUCAGCAGCAAAUGACGGUCCAAAGGCAAACCAAUUUCAAUAAUUGGUCGCGAGUCGAUACCAAUAUUCUGACUUGGUUGGGAGGCGACAAGACAGAGAACAGUCUGUUACAGGCGCCGUGGUAA